ACAUUGAAAUCUUACAUAUUAGUUAAUAGUAACUAACUGCAGUGUGUAGCUUGCUCACAUUACAUACAUACCUACCUAAAUAGGGUAGUCACUAUGUAAUUCGAUUUAUUAGUUCAAUGCCGAAUGGCGAACAGCCUUAAUCCAUGCACGGUCUCCACAUAAAGUUAUUCUUCAAUUACUAUCCUUGCAAUUCUUCUUCCACUCUUGCCAAAUCUUUUCUACUGAGCGACUCCAAGCCUCUUACGAAAUAACUAUUACCACCCACCUUGUAAUCUUCAGCUAUCCAAAACCUUGGCCCUCUUCUUUGGGUAUCUACCUGAUAAUGAUCCCUAGUUGUAUACCAAUUAUCAACAUACCCUCCAGAAGCUUACUAUUCGUGUCCGCCACCCUCAUUGGUCAUCAAUUGCGAUUACCGCGACGUGACGUGACCCGGCGUGGCGCGGCGUUGCAGCUAGGGGACAAACGGAACGAAUUUGAUCAAAACCCCAAGGAACCCAAGGCAGGAAACUGAACAGCACAGUUACGCCAUCAUGCCUGAAAAACAACUUAACGUCGCUACUUACGCUGCAGGCGCUUCCCUGGCUGCCAUUACUCUCUUUUAUGUCUUCGCUCCCAACUUUUUCCUAGAUAGCGACCCCAACUCAACGCGCAAGAAAGGCGUGGUCGGCCUGUCGAAUCCCGCAAACGAUUGCUUCAUAAAUUCCGUCCUCCAAGCCCUCGCUGGACUCACAGAUCUCCGAAUCUACCUUAUUCGAGAAAACCAUCGAAGAAAUAUCGACGAGCCGUGGGUUUAUCAGGAAAUAGCGAAGGACACUACCUUCAAGAACACGCCUGAAUGGAAAACCCAGGGUCUGCAAGCAGGUAUCGUCACCAAGGGUCUUAAGGAUAUCCUCGACGCCCUCAACGAGCGACCUAUUUACAGGAAGACCAUUUCGGCUGCCCCCUUCAUUAGGGUUCUAGAGAGUGCUUUCAAACAACGGAUUAGCAGACAGCAACAAGAUGCCCAGGAGUUUCUGCAAGUGGUCGCUGAGCGGCUUUGUGAUGAAUAUCAUGCGGGAAAGAGGGCUCGACUAGCCGCCAAGAAAAAGGCUACCGUGGAGAUAACAGUAGAUGCGCUAGCACCAGUAGAUGGAGACGCCGUCGAGGAACGUUUAACAAAGCUAGCUAUCGAGGAAAAUGGUGUUGACGAUAGUGCGGAGUCGAAUGGAAGAAGGCUCACGGUAGACACGGGAGCAUCCACGUCAAAAUGCGAGGAUGAGGAGGGAUUUCCGAUGGAGGGCAAAUACGAAAGUCAAAUCGAGUGUCAACAGUGUGGCUUCAAGCCAAAACCAAUGGAGAGUACUUUCUGCACACUAACGUUAAAUGUGCCGCAAUCAAGCUCGACAUCACUCAACGCUUGCCUCGAUGGCUUUUUCAAGACUGAGUAUGUUGACGAUUUCAAGUGCGAGAAGUGCCGUCUUGUACACGCAAUAAGCUUACUGGAGGCACAACUAUCGCGAUCUCAUUCCGAGAGUUUCAAAGAAACCACUCGAGAAACGAUUGCGAAGCUACAACAUGCUAUCGAAAACGACCCCGAGAACCCACCACUGGAUAUUGAACUGCCGCCAAUGCGAGACGCCCCGACGUGCAAAAUUGCAAAGCACACGCGACUCACCGGUUUCCCUAAAAUCAUGGCUAUCCACCUUUCUAGAUCUAUCUACAACAGCAUCAUCUCCCAGAAAAACUCUGCCAAGGUCGCCUUUCCCGAGCAGCUACUAAUGGGCAGUCUAUUGAGCCGCAAGAAGUACAAGUUACUCGGUACAGUUACGCACAAAGGCAGUCAUCAUAGUGGCCACUAUGAGUCCUUCCGUCGACAGAACAUAUGCCUUCCAUUUUCCACGCCAAAUCCGUUUCAGGCUUCGGGUGUCUUCGCCAAAUCAGCCGCGUCAAGCCCAAUAUCGACCCCUCGGGUUGCUGCAAUACGGAAAUCAGAAGAUCCGAGCCCCGUAGCGUCUACUCCUGAUCUGAUACUGUCUUCGUCGGGAACUAGCUCGUCAAAUCUGUCAGUCGAAGUAUUACCUCGACCUUCGUCUGACUCGACGCCGCAAACCACAUCGUCUUCUAACGGCCAUACGUCGUCUCGUCGCAGCCCUACUUUCAUGCCCAAUAAGGAUCAUGAGUCGGAUUCUAUUAGCAUUCGGUCAGUUGCGGCUUCCGCUCGUUCGACAAUGUCACGGAUUUCACACUCAGCCAGGAAUAGUAGGCCAGGUAGCCCAGCUGGGAAAGCACCAGCUGAUCCGGCUGCGGAAAAUGAACAGGCCGCUACAUCCAAAAUGAAUAAGAUGAAAUCCAAACGCCGAAAACAAAAUGAUCGAUGGUGGCGCAUUAGUGACGAGAAAAUCAAAGAAGCCAAGACCAACGAAGUUUUGGGGAUGCAACGGGAGGUCUAUUUACUCUUUUACGAAUUGGAACGUGAGAGCCCGGCGGAAUCGUAGGAGGAUUUACACGGGGAUUUGGAAAGUAUCAUUCAACCAAUAGACUAUAAUCCUGAGACUGACGAUAAGGGGGAUCUUGAUCCUAAACGUCGAGCUGGGGAGGGGGUCUCCGCACGGAUUGGGGUAGCGGGCAGGGAAUCUAAAUC